UUUAUUUAACUUCUACUUUGAAAGUUAGUUUGGUUCAUGUCCCAUCUGCUAACCUGGAGGAGUUCAUGACCUAUAUACCGGGCAGUGACUCUGUGUAAUCCAAACACCACCGUUUCCUCCUGUUUGAUCAGAGAAGUUCCACCUUUUGUUUUUCAAUGUGAAACUUGAUCUGUUGAGAUCCUUGAACGAGUUCAGAGCCUGAGAGUUGAUGUUGAAAAUAUAAACUCAGAGUUUCCCGUCUUUGUGUCUCCAGUAAAAAGAGAACAUCAGUGGAGCCAAACUCCUGAAGUCAACUCUUCAGAGGAGCUUAGGAGAAAGAGAGACAAAGAAGAAGCUGGAGAGUGAUGGAGAGAUAAACACAGAGCGUCUCUGCUUUCUGCUCAGAGUUCACUGGUUUCACUGGUUUUCACUGGUUUUCUGCUGUUUCAUGAUCACGUAACAGGGAGACGACUCAGUUCAGCAGGACAAUGACGAUGGGCGUCCCCUCCCUCGUCCUCAGCGAGAAGUAAGAAAGACGUUUUGUUUUGGGCGAGGCUUAUAAAGGAAUCAAAGCCUCGUCCGACCUGCUCAUCUUCACACGACUCCUUCUCCAGAACAAACUGCACGCCUCGGACCGAGAGAUGGUGUUGAGGUUGUUGGGACUCCUGGUCCUGUCCUCCUUAUGCUCUGCCAUGCUGCUACCGAACAUGUCCCCAGAGUCCAGCGAAGAGGACGGCUCCACCUCGGACCCCAAGAACGACUCAGACUGGGAGGAGAUGCCCAAAUGGCCACCAAUGUCCCGCAGCGGCCUCGGGCCCGCGAUGCCACCGUGGCCAGACAGCGGCAACAUGACCAACGAUUUCAACAAAGUCCGGAUGCUACAGAGCCCCGGGCCAAUAAUGCCCCCCAUAUCUGAAGCGGCCAUCUGCGACGUCCUCCUGAACUCAGCAGUGCCGCCGCCUCUCGAGCAGAUUCCUCCUUUCUGCAUCUGCACCCUCUGUAAAGGCACCACGGGGCCCAAGGGAGAUCGUGGAGACCGGGGCUUUUCAGGUGAACCUGGGAGUCCAGGCAGAAGAGGAAUGACGGGGUUCAGAGGUCGAGCAGGAUUCACAGGUCAUCAGGGGAUGAAAGGUCAGAAGGGCGACCUGGGGAAGGAGGGGCAGGACGGUCCUGCCGGAUUCACCGGGGCAAAGGGCGCACAAGGCUUUAAAGGGGACAAAGGAGACACAGGUUUGAUAGGGCCCCCAGGUACACUGGGUCCCCAGGGAGAAACCGGCACAUGUCCUGCCUCCUGUGAUAGUGGCCAGGGUACACAGGGUCCCCAAGGCCCCCCUGGACCAGCUGGAGCCCGGGGCCUGCCUGGGGUUGAAGGAGUUGCGGGACCUAAAGGUUUCAAGGGCGAUAACGGUGUCCUGGGUAAACCUGGCGAACCCGGUCUGAAUGGCCAGAAGGGUGAUCAGGGUGAUCAAGGAGUGUGUGAGUGCACUGAUGGAAUGAACGGCACUGAUGGGAGACCAGGAGAAAAGGGGAAUAAAGGGAACAAAGGGGACACUGGUGUCCAAGGUGCAAUGGGCCCCAUUGGACCAAAAGGCGACCACGGCAUCAAUGGCUUCAAUGGUCCACCCGGUCCAUGUUCCAUAGCCAUCCAAUCAGCAUUCUCUGCAUCUGUCAUCCAAUCGUCUCCCAUCCCAGACUGGCCCAUUCCUUUCCCACGUGUCCUCCUAAACUGGUUUGGCCACUUCGACCCACUCUCUGGCAUCUACACAGCCCCCGUCAAUGGCACCUACGUCUUCUCCUUCCACCUGGUCGUCUCCUUCAGGACACUUAAGGUCGGCCUGUUCCACAACUUCUACCCUGUAGUCAAAACAACAGAGACAAGAAACCAAGCCACUGCCAGCCAGAGUGUCGUCCGCCACCUCACGCAAGGAGACCAGGUGUGGCUGCAGGUGAAGAACAAUAAUACCAACGGCAUCUACACUGACAGUGAGAGCAGCAGCACGUUCUCUGGGUAUCUGCUGCACCCUGACUCCUGCGAGAUGCCCUUCCUUCGAGGUUUCUUACCAGAUGAAAAGAAAGAGAACGGACAAUUUGGCUGGGAUGGUCCUCCAAACACCACCACUCCUCCACACACCACCACUCCUCCACCUUAGUAAGCUCCAGUCAGUCGCACAUUUGUAGAUGAAGUAUCCUCAACUUGCCAAUCAAACGUUCUGUGUAUUUCUAGAAGUUUCAAGCUACUCAACUCGCUGUUGUUACCCGGUUAGAAAGUGACUGAGUCAAUCACAACUGCCCCAAAUGUGUCGUCACACAGGAAGCAAGUGAGUGUGCGUCGGCAGACGGACUUUCUUGUGUUAAAAGACAAGCAAGUCCAGUUGAAGGUCUUCUGGAGAUACCUUGACCUGGAUGACUGAGAAUCUUGACAGAGAUUAGAUCUGAGCCAUUUAUGGACUAAAUCUGUGUUCUUGUAGAGAAGGUUGUUGGAAGAUGUGGAACUGUUACUCUGCAAAACAACAACAACUCAAAUAUGACUGUGCUGAUUAAAUCUUACACUGACUUUUCCUCUCUCUCCACCACAAGAUCACAAUCAGUAGUUUUGGGAGAAAUUUCGUUCAGAUGUUUCUGGUGACUUUUCAUCAGGUGAACAUUUUGACGACUCUAGGUUGAGUGUAAAUGAUCAACAAGCUAAACUAUGACACCUGCAUUGAAACAUGCUACUUUCAAUAUGUGUUAUUUACGAUGUAUUCAGGCGUUGUUGAAGAAAAACGAUUCUGUGAUUUUGAAAAUAAAGUUGUAAUAUUAGUGUGACAUGAAAAUCAAAAGAUCUUUCCGUCUCCUGAGUGUGCUGAAUCUUCUUCAGUGGAAGUUUCACUAAAUACUUGAUGUUUGUCUCAUCAUGUCAAUAAACUUAGUAGAAAUAAGUAUUUUCCACGGUUUUGUCUUAUUGUGACUCCUGCAUUUGAUCAUUUCUUUAGUAGCUGAUUUCUGAUCUGCAGAAUCUGCUCUGAUGGUCAAUGUUUUAAAGAGACUUUGCGAGAGAGAACAUUUAGCUUCUAUCCAUCAAUCCACUCAGCUGCAGCUUAUUUUGAGAGCUUCUGUCAGUUUCUG